AUGUGUAAGAUAGUCACCUAUUUCUUCGCUGAGUGCAGAUGCUAUCUAAUAGACCGUCAUUUUGAGGGCCGCUGCGAUCGCGACGAGACGUGUACAGGUCUCAUAUCUCUAGAGGUAGCGAUUCCGGGUAUCUGUAGCACCUGUCUAUUUACAAAGACGCUAUUUCCACGUCCUCUAACCUCCCCGGUCACAGACGAAGAGCUCGCGCUUUGCGAAAGGAUAAUGGCAAAAUAUCCACCACGACACUCCGACACAAUCGUCUCUCCAACAGGAAUAGCAUAUCCAUACUACGACGAAUGGGUUGAUCCACUUCCGGACGCCGAUCUAGAAUGGCUUAUGCACUUCGUCAAGAUAUUAGAAAGGUACAUGUGGGUAAAAGUGCAAAGCGGUGAGAUCAACAGAGAAGACGGAAAUCGAUUCCAUAUCUUCGCUACACACAUCGUUUUCGCGUACCACACUGCAUUAGCACAAUUCAUUCUACGAGUGAGAAUGAACGGACUUCGCCAGAGACAACUUCGACCAGCCCCUGAGAUCGUACGCGAGGAAAGACUCUCAGUCCUACUUUCUCGCUUAGACAAUCUCGCAGAAGACGUUCCAUCUUCGGAGCUCGCGAAAAUGACUGAUGGGACAAGUUGUCCAGUCUGCAUUUGCACCUUUGCAGAUAUCGCCCCAGAAGAUGGUCCAGUAAUCCAGCUUCCUUGCAAGCACAAAUACUGCAAAUACUGUCUCGAGGAAUGGAUCGUAUCAUGGGAUCGCGAGAGCGCUUUGAAAGUUUGUGUCAUUUGUAGGGAGGGGUUUGGACUAACCGAUAUUGGAGAUGAGCCGCCGACAAAGAAACCUGGUUUUGAACCUCUAGCUAAGGGCUUCAGGAUCGAGGCCCAUUUCUUUGCUCCUGCACUCGAAGAGACGGUAAGUGAUGUUGCUAGUAAACCUGGGUCUUUUGGGUGGAAUGUCGAGAGGCCUUGGUGGAUGACGAUGCUUCUGCAAGCAGCGGCCGAGUAA